AUGCAUUCAACACAAGCAGUAAUGAAAUGUUUAGUGAAAGUAUCUAUAUUUUCUUUGAAAGCUAAUGGAGGCAAGUCUACUUUGUGCCUUUCCAAAGACAAAGCACUGAAUACAAUAAUUGACGGUAUACUGCCUAUGUCAACAAUGAAAUUGCGGGAUCAACCAAAAGAGGUACAAGACGAUCUUACACGUAGUAAGUACCAUUCAAAAUCGUGGAUGAAAAUCAAAUAUGAUCAUCAGAAGUUCCAUUCUUAUUUGGAUUUAAUAACGGAGUAUGGUAUCAUCAUUGCCGAAUUGAACAGAAGUCCAGCAAACCAACAUAAUCCAGUGUUGUAA